GGCGACACGUCGAGCACUACAACGCUCACCAUGACCGAGCCCACCCCAAUGCAGGCUGCGGCCAUUGCAUCUGGAGGCGGCAUCUGGGGUGAUCCAGCUGUCGAAUUGAGUACGAUGGGUGAUCAGCGACAAGCCUCGCGCGUUAAGAGCUUGGAGUUGACCCAGGAUGAUCUCAAACUCACCUCNGAAAAGAGCGGCAAUGCAAUUGUUAUGGGCUGCAUCGCUUUCAGUACUGGUAUCGCGUCUUUCCUUGCUGGUGUCAUUACCAUUGCCAUACCAAUCAUGGCCAAAGACCUUCGUAUCCCCGACAAUCUGAUUAUCGCCUUCCGCUCAUUCUCUGGUAUCGCGGCUUCAUUCUGCUUACCAUCGGCCGUCAGCCUCAUCAACGAAGUCUUCCCUCCUGGAAAAGAGAGGAAUAUCACUUUCGCCAUGAUGGGCGGAGCUCAACCNUUUGGUUUUGGUAUCGGUAUGGUCUUGGGUGGUGUGUUUACUGGUACUAUCGGCUGGCAAUGGGGCUUCCAUGUCGCCGCUAUCAUCAACUUCUUCAUGUUCAUUCUGGCCGCCUGGCAGCUUCCUCCAACUCCUCCCACUCACAAGCAGCAAAUCUGGUCACGAUUGGCGACUGACAUUGAUUGGCUUGGUCUGAUCCUUGCGAGCGGCUUCCUCGCCAUGCUGUCUUAUGUCAUCUCUGCUCUGACAGGCGACUUGACCGUGAUGAAAAAGCCUGUCAACAUCACUCUGCUCGUACUCUCUUUUGUCCUCCUUGGCGCGUUUGUUCUGUGGGUAGGUCGUCAGGAACGCUUGGGGCGACCAGCACUCAUCCCAAAUUCUCUCUGGCAACACAAAGGAUUCUCUUGCAUCUGCUUUAACGUCUUCUGCGUUUGGGCUGCUUUCAACGCAUUUGAGCAAUACGCCAAUUUCUUCUUCCAGGACGUCCAAGGCAACAGUGCAUUGGGCACUGCUGUGCGUUUCUUACCUGCGCCCGUGUCUGGAGCUCUGGCAAACAUUGGAGUCGGCCUGCUCGUGCACCGCAUCCGUGGAGACUGGAUUGUUGUCCUUACGAGCAUUGUAUCUGCCCUCGCUUCGCUCUUGAUGGCCAUCAUCAAUCCAAGAUGGUCAUACUGGCGCUGCGCCUUCGUAGCCCAAUUCUUCAACCCUGUCGGUGCAGAUGGCAUGUUUACUGUCGCCAACCUUCUCAUUACUUCCAUGUUCCCACCCAGCGAGCAAGGUGUCGCUGGAGGUGUGUUCAACACUAUUUCUCAGACUGGAAAGUCUGUCGGUUUGGCUUUGACGUUGCUUAUUGCUCAGCAAGUCACUGCAAAUUCUUCUUACGAGGAUAAGACGUCUCCAGAGGCACUGAUGCAUGGAUACAGAGCUGCUUUUUGGUUCUGUGUUGCUUUGAUUGUCGCGAGUCUUCUUGUCAGUGUUUGGGGACUCAGAAGGAUUGGAAAAGUUGGUCUCAAGAAGGACUAG